AUGGCCUUCGUUACCAGCACGUCCAGGAUGAAGGUCACCUAUAAACGACGGCAUUGGAACUCCUUUACUACCGCCAUCAAAUGCCAUAAAAAGAGAGCCCCAGAUGAGUCCGACGACAAGCUCGAGGAGGCUGGUACCAGUGACGUCGGGAUGGAGGACGUCAAGACUCCAGCUCAAUUAGGCAAACGACGUAAAAGCGACAUGAUUGAGAAUGAGCCCAAGCAACAGAGCCGGGCGGAGAGGCUCAGUGCUCGAACAGCCGCGAAGAGGCGUUCGUUGACGCAGGAAAAAAAUGGCAAGGGUAAGAAGGCAGACACCGACCCUUCUUCCAAUGGGUGA